UCCCUCUUCCUCAACGAGGACUACGAGACCGUCGCCUUCGACGUCGGCGGCGUCACGCAGCGCGUGCUCUGCCUCACGUCGGCGUCGACGGACCACGACCUCACGGGCCAGGUGGUCUGGCCCGUGAGCGUGCUCCUCGCCUGGUUCGUCGCCGCGAAUCGGCGCCGCUUCGCCGGCGCGCGGGUCCUCGAGGUCGGCGCGGGCUGCGGGCUGCCCGGGCUCGUCGCCGACGCCGUCGGCGCGGACCGCGUCGCGCUCACGGACGGCUCCGACGUCGUCGUGCGCCUGCUCGAGCGCGCCGUCGAAGCCCUUCGGCCCCGGAGCGCCUCCGUGGCGCGCCUGCUGUGGGGCGACCGGCCGAGCUUCGAGGCCGUCGCCGCGGGCGCGUCGUUCGACUACGUCGUCGGCGCGGACGUCGUCUGCUGGCCCAAGCUCGUGGCGCCCCUGCUCCAGACCGUCGCGGCGCUCCUGGCGGCGUCGACCUGCGACGAGGCGGCCUUCUUCGUGGGCUUCGUGGCGCGCGCGAACUCGACGAAGGACCUGUUCUUCCGCGAGGCGGCCGCGCGCGGCUUCUCCGUGGAGGAG